AUGGCCACCAUCAUCGGCACCACCUACUACCCGUAUGACAAGCGCCACACGCACUUUGCUCAGUUCGUCCUCGGCCUCUGUCUGGAAUGGGGCAUCAUGGUCGGGUCGGCCGGCAUGGGCGUUCCCGCUCCGUGGCGGGAUCUCAGCACGUCUAGCCUGGUGGCCGCCAGCGUCGUGUGGGUGGUCAUCUUCGACACCAUCUACGCGCACCAGGAUCUGGCGGACGACUUAAGGGUGGGGUGUCAAGAGCAUGGCCAUGCUGUUUGCGGGUACUGGGGCGGUAUGGGGGCGCCGUAUUACGCAAUCACGGUUGGAGGGUGUGUGGUCUCGGUCGGCUCCAUGAUUGCCCUGGUGGACUUGACGGAUCCGGCUAGUUGCUGGACCUGGUUCUCGCGGGGGUUCUGGCCUACGGGCGCGGCUAUUGCUGCUGGGUUGCUGGUGGAAUACGGUUGGCAGCGGAUGGCAGGUGAUGGCCUGAGACUCUAA